AGUCGUCACUCAGUAAGCGUUAGCAUUUCGCUCCUGCGCAAGGACUUUGUAGCUUUUUAUUAUUAAAGAUGACGGCCAGACACAAUUGAACUAUUGCAUAUCUGGAUUAUUUGUACGCGAAUCUAAAAUCGUUUUUUUCGGCAGCGGUCACGUUUGUAAUUGAUCGUUAAUGUACUUUUAGUUGAGGCUAAAGCUAAGCGGCUAGCUGUUAUCCUGUCAGAGAGAAGAGCAGAAAGUAGCACCAUGUGGUUCACGUUACAUUUCACUUACACUUUUCUUCACAAAUAAUGCUACCAACUCAAACGUUAUUUAACACAGGUUAUAAAACACUGUCCUGUCUGUACUCAGAUUAGCAUAACAGCAGAAUGAGGGCUUGUUUUGGUGUGAAAACACAGAUGUUGAUCAGCAGAGUCUUCAGUCAGACUGUCAGUCCAUCAGCUGCAGUGCGGUGGCGAGCAGCUCAGACCAGACUCUUCUGCAGCCCUCCUACAAGUGAGGAAAAGCCUCAGCCCUCCAUGCUGCGACACCUGACCUCCAAAAUUAAAGCCACAGGUCCAAUUACAGUGGCGGAGUACAUGAGAGAGGUGCUCACCAACCCAGUGACGGGUUAUUAUGUGAGGAACAACAUGCUGGGACCAGACGGGGAUUUCAUCACAUCACCUGAAAUCAGUCAGAUUUUUGGAGAGCUGCUCGGCGUGUGGAUCAUCAGUGAGUGGAUGGGAGCAGGUCAACCCAAACAUCUACAGCUUGUCGAGCUCGGACCUGGAAAAGGAUCGCUGGCGAGCGACAUCCUCAGAGUGUUCAGUCAGUUGCGCUCUGUGUUUAGCGGAGCCUCGGUGUCCCUCCACCUGGUCGAGGUGAGUCCGGCUCUAAGUUGUAUUCAGGCGCAGAAUUUGACCGGGAACCGCAGCCAGGAGUUAAAUGGAGAGGGAGAGCCGAUUUACCGCCGCGGGGAAACUGCUGCAGGGCUGCCAGUGUCCUGGUACCGCUGCUUAGAGGACGUCCCCACAGGAUUCAGCAUCUUUCUCGCUCAUGAGUUCUUUGACGCUCUGCCAAUCCACAAAUUUCAGAGGACACAGAAGGGCUGGAGGGAGGUGAUGGUGGACAUCGACCCAGAGAAGCCGGGCCAGCUGAGGUUCGUCGUGGCGCCGUCUCCCACUCUAGCCUCGUCUACGCUCGUAAAGGCAAAUGAAAAGCGGAGUCACGUGGAGGUGUGUGCGGAGGGCGGUGUCAUCGUCCAGCAGCUGGCACGGCGUAUCGAAGAGGACGGCGGUGCAGCGCUGAUCGCAGACUACGGCCACGACGGAACCAAGACGGACACGUUCAGAGGUUUUAAAGGCCACCAGCUCCACGACGUCCUGUCCUCCCCCGGCUCGGCCGACCUCACCGCUGAUGUGGACUUUAGCUACCUGCGGAGGAUGGCGGGAAGGGGCGUGGCCUGCCUGGGUCCCGUCACUCAGAGGACGUUCCUGAAAAACAUGGGCAUCGACUCCCGAAUGCAGGUUCUGCUGAAGAACUGCAGCGACGUGUCCACCAGGAAACAGCUGAUCGGCACCUACGACAUGCUGACCAACCCCGCCAAGAUGGGCGAGCGCUUCCACUUCUUCAGCCUGCUGCACCACAGCCGGCUGGCCAAACCCCAAAAGACAGUGGGGCUGAAGCUGGAGAAGAAGAGCCCGGCGCCGCUGCCUGUGGCCGGAUUCACAGAGCUCAGCUUCUCCUGAAGGUCUUUAACGCUCCGGAGACUUUCAUCAGCGGGUCAGAGGAGACUGGAAAUGAUGUGAACUUUUCCAGAGAGGUUUUGGAGCUCAGACAGACAUUACAGAAUAUUUCAGAAGAUCAUGUUCACAGGAGAAUUUACAGCCAGCAUUAGAAAGACUGAAGGAUGACAGAGUCCACGUCUAAUAUGGAGGAAUAAAAGAAACUUGCUGCACUGUACCACAUUUUUGUGUCCAACGUGAAGUGAACAAAAAGGACACUUUUUCUUUAAGUUAACUGUAAAGACAUGCUGACUGAAAAAUGUUAGGAUAAUAAAGAAUUUGUGUAUUUUUUUGCAUUUAUUGAUAAAAUGAUGAUGUGCAUGGCUUCCUAGUAAAGUUAAAAAAAAGCAUUUUUUUGUUUCCAAAUUCUGCCAAUUUGAAGGCAUGGUUCCUACAUGGCUAACUGACACCUAAAACUGAGACACCACUAAAGGUCAGAGGUCAUUCUGGCAGCAGGAGGAUCUUUUUCCCUCCGUGCCUCGCCGUCGCACGGCCGCCUGCCUCCGUCCACAUCUUGAAGCGGUUAGCUGAGCUCACAGUUGUGCGGCAGCCAUUCACAACCGGCUCCUCCGGUAGCAAUUAAAAGAUUCAGUUACACAUGUGGGGGGUCGCCGCUGCCAAAACAAGCAGCCGUCCCUCCAGAGGAGCGGCAGAGCGAGGCGAUCGUGUUCAGGAUUGGUAAUUAAAUGAUCGUUUCCAAACAUCCUGCUGCGGAUUGUUAUCAGCAUUUCCUCUCAUUCAGGAGGG